CGACGAGAAUCACUCAAAAAGCGAUCUCUUGCGCGACAAGUGAAAAACGACCACUAGAGAUCUACACGGGCCCAUGAUUGGCCUUGCUUUCAGCGUGCUCGCCUCCUAGAAUUCAGAGAGCUUGGCUACGUUAAUUGGGUUAGACCCCACGUGGGUGGCGCCCAUGCUGGACGAGUGCUCAUUCGACUCAUUGCAUCAGCCUAUACACUGGACUUUCGCUUUAUUCCGGAAUUUCAUCUAAUGAAGCGGAGGCAUCAAGAGCAGACAAACCUAUAUUCAGUUUCUUUACGCACGAGGUGGACGAAAUUGGUGGUUCUAACCAUCCAGACCUUACGGAGCUGGAGAACACGUUGGAUCUGUGUAUUGCAUUUCCUUCAUAUACUGGCGUUCAAGCGACCGCCUAGACCUUACCCUCUUUGGAACAGAACCACAAACACCGACAUGGCUCCCAUACCGCGGACGUCCCUCCCGCGUCUAAUACUCUACCACCAAACCGUCAAUGACCCCUCUGGGAAACCUGUAUCCAUCCUGCCACUCAUCACAAAAGCAGAUAUCUCCGUAACCCACCUAAUCGUGGCCGCCAUCCACAUUAACUCUGAACCCUUGGGCCUAACUCUCAAUGACCACCCGCCCUCAGAUCCGCGCUUCGCCACGCUAUGGGCAGAAUGUCGCAUCGCACAGGCGAGCGGGAUCUCAGUCUUAGGCAUGCUCGGCGGCGCGGCCAAGGGAUCCUUCACACGCCUGGAUCGGGACGAGGCCACGUUCGAGAGCUACUACGUCCCGCUGCGCGAUAUGAUCCGGGAGCGAGGGCUCGACGGACUGGACCUCGACGUCGAGGAGGAGAUGUCGCUCGCGGGCAUCAUCCGCCUCAUCGAUACGCUGAGGGCCGACUUCGGUCCUAGGUUUCUGAUCACCCUGGCCCCUGUGGCGGCGGCGCUGCUGGACUCGCGGCGCAAUUUGAGCGGGUUUGACUACGAGGCCCUGGAGGUGAUGCGCGGGAAGGAGGUCGCGUGGUAUAACGCACAGUUCUACUGCGGGUGGGGCGACGCGAGCACACCGUUCAUGUACGAGAUGUGCGUGGCGCGAGGUUGGGAUCCUAUGAAGCUCGUUAUGGGUGUCGUGACUACUUCGGACAAUGGAAGUGGCUGGGUGCCAUGGCCGAUAUUGGGGCCGAACCUGACGUUGAUGAGGAAGAAAAUCGCCAACUUUGGCGGCGUGAUGGGUUGGGAAUAUUUCAACAGCUCGCCUGGCGGGAAAGAGAAACCGUGGGAGUGGGCGCAACGGAUGACCAAAGUACUGAGAGAUGAUCAAAGCAGAAGCUCGGAGGCUCUGAGAGUAAUUGAUGUCGAGGGAGCUGGGCGUGAGGCAACAGCUACGGCGACGCCAAAGGACGCAUCAGUAUUUGAGAUAGAUUCCGAUUCGUUGUCAGAUACCGGACCACCACUACCGGAUGACUUUCAAUAUUACUCCGACGGAGUUCCCGAGAAUUGAAAAUUCAUAGAUAUCAGUGAGACGUAUGUGCUCCGCAAAUUCUAGAAGUCAUCGUCAUCAAUG